CUUAACAUAUCCCGCCAUAUUGCUAGUAUCGUUACUGCACAGUAGUGCGUGGUUUAUCGUUGUUAAUCAUUGUUUUAGACGCACAGUAUCUUCUUUUACUUAUUUGUGAAUCGUUUAUCGCAAAAUGUCGUUUGGAACUGGAUUUGGAGCCAACACAUCGGCACCAGCUUCAUCAUUUAGUUUUGGUUCGACAGCUACUGCAGCUCCCACACCAAUUAAGCUGGGAUUUGGGACUCCAGCUUUUGGAUUCAAUACACCAACAACUUCGGCUUCUAAUCUUUUUGGCACUCCGUCGACUCAAACUACUGCAUUUGGAACAGGAACAGGAUUUGGAACACCAGCAGCUACAGGCUUUGGUACUAUACCAAGCACUGGAUUUGGAACAACUCCUGCAUUUGGCACUCCAGCUACCAGUGGUUUUGGUACUGGAUCAACUUUUGGUACCACUUCAGCAACAACUACUGGAUUUGGGACUCCUUCGACGUUUGGCAGUACCCCUGUUCCUUCAACUGGUUUUGGUGUAUUUGGUACAACGACAACUACAGCAUCAUUAGGAUUUGGUGGAUUUAGUGGAUUUGGGACCACGACCACAACUUCUGCGCCAAGUUUAUUUAGUGGUUACGGUACAGCGAGUACAGCUCCAUCGACAAGUUUUUCCUCAUCUAUUGGCGGUUUUGGUAGCUUCGGUCAAAAACCUACAACAACAACUGCUAUCACAGGUUUUGGCACGCAAACAACAGGUAGUAUUUUUGGUUCUACUGGUUUUACUGGAUUUGGAACUGGGAUACAAACGCAACAACAGCAACAACAAAUACAACAGCAGCAACAGUCUAUUUCUGAAGCACUUUAUAACGCCGUGUUUAAUUGUCAGCUUUAUAAUGACGAACGAGAUAAUACGAUUGCUAGAUGGAAUCUCAUUCAAGCAUUGUGGGGUACUGGAAAGGCUUAUUAUUCGGUAAAUGCGCCGCCAAUCGAUUUGAAUCAAGAAAAUCCAUUAUGCAGGUUUAAGGCCAUCGGCUAUAGCCGUAUUCCCGAUGCUGAUAAUAACGAUGGAUUGGUUGUAAUUUCUUUUGGUAAGAAAGAAAAGAUGGUAACGGAAGGGAAACAACAAUUAAUUGCAUUCUUACAUGGUAUUCUUGGAAAUAAACCUAACUUAACAGUGAUGGUUGAUAGUAUAAAGUCAACAGGAAAAAAUAAAUGUCAAGUGUCUAUUUUUAUUUCUGAGAAAGGAGUAACUGGAAGUUCAAGAAAAAUUCCUGCUAAUGAAUUAGUUGCUUAUCUUUCUCAGCCUAUGCAAAAACAACAACUUGUGCAAAAUGGUGUAAAGGACGUAUUUCCGUUUGUUAAAUUGGAUCCUACUCAAUUGAAAGAAUAUUUAGAUAAUCCACCUUGUUCGAUUGAUCCACGAUUGUGGAAACAGGCUCAAUUGGACAAUCCAAAUCCAGAGAUGUAUAUUCCUGUACCAAUGAUAGGUUUUCAGCAAGUGAAAUAUAGACUGAAAUGUCAGAAAGAAGAGACCGCUAGGCAUAGAGCUUUUCUAGAUAUGGCUGCAGAAAGAAUUCAAGAUUUACAGAGGCAGCAUACUGCCAUGCAAGCAAAAUUAAAAGAGCAUAGGAGAAUAUUGUUAGAACUACAGCAUAGGGUAUUACAGGUAUUGGUACGUCAGGAAAUUACUCGCAAAGUUGGUUUGUCGUUACAACCAGAGGAGGAAACUUUGACUCGUAGAUUUGAAACUAUGCAUUCACAGAUAAGUGCACCUACACAAUUUAAAGGAAGAAUCAGCGAAAUGUUAUCUCAGCUUAGAAUGAGACGACAUAUAGAUAGUCAAAAUCAAGAAAGGUAUACGAUGGAUCCGAUAGCACAAGAUGAUAUAAAAACGUAUUUAAGUAUGGAGCAACAGGGGAUGGCUCAACUAAUCGAUACAAUAAAUGCCGAUUUGGUAAGUUUAAAAAUAAUUAAGGAUGGUAUGUCAGAUCUUUUAUUGAGUCACAGUAUACCCUGAAAGACAUUGUAGUAAAAACUAUGAAAUUAUGCGAACAACGCGUUCGCUCUACAGAUUGUGAUAUGUUGAUCGCAUCGGAUAACAUAUCGACAGUGUUGUUAUACAAAUUAUUGCUAUUCGAUCGAAGUUUGCGAAAGCUGCCAAAUACUUUAUUCAGCACAUUUGUUAACAACUUGUGCCAUAUGUGUUAUCAUUCCAUAAGUCUGUCUAUUAUUAAAAUUGAGUAAUGCAGUAAAACAAAAGAAAAGCUUU